AUGGGCGUGGGCAAGAGAACGAGUUUGCGGGCCAAGCUGGAGAAGCGGGUCAAGAGCGGCGGCGUGGCGAAGCCUGCCGAGCGCGCCGAAAAGCGCAAGGACGACUCGCUGGUCUCGAAGUCGGCUCUGCGCCGGCGCAAGCGCAAGAUGAAGGAGCAGCUGAAGCCCAAGCUGGAGGACCUCGCACGGGCGCUCGAGGAGGUGCCGGCGACGGCGCCGCAGCCCAAGCGUGACCACACGCCGAACCCACACAAGCGUGGGGCAAAACUAGUGGAAAAGGCGGAGAUUCAGCGGUUCGGGGCGGUGCUGAAGGACGAGCAGUUCAGAAAAAGCCCGUUCGACGCCCUCAAACGGGCUAUAGCAAACAACAGCUAG